AUGGAUUAGUAUUAAAGCAGGAUUGAUUUAUCAGGGUACAACUAGCAAAAUUAGUAGUAAUAGCAAUCAAUUGCUUAUGAAUUUCCUAUUGGCAAAGAAGGCAAAAAAAAGGAUUUUAUUGCAGGAAGCCCUAUAAAACAUGAUGAUAAUGACUUAGGAGAACCUUCUCCAGUUUAUUUAAAAAAUGGUACAAGGAGUGAUAGAAAAUGCAGGGAUUUUAUCUGUUUAGUGAUAUUUUUGUUCUUUAUUUUCUAUUACGUACUAGUUUUCUUUGAAAUGCUGUCAGCAGAUUUUUAAUUCGAAAGAAUAUCUGUGCCAUAUGAUCCAGAUCAUAGACCAUGUGGCCAUAAAGAAUACAAAGAACAUAAAUAUUUAUUUUUUGCUACUCCAGAUUCCAAUUAUCUUUAUAGAACUGUGUGCGUUAAAGAAUGUCCUAAGAAAUUGCCUCAAGAUUUGACAGGUUAUUCUCUAGAAUGUCUUCCCAACUCAGUUAUUCCUAAAUGCGAAUAUAGUCCUACAAAAGACCCAAAUUAACAGUUUCUAAUUUACGAAACAACAGAAUACUACAACAGCAUUUGUUUACCAGUAGAUAAGCAUUAUUUUGAAGAAAUUAGUCCUGCACUUUCAAUCAAUAGAGUUUAUGCUGAAGUAGGAAAUAUCAUAAAAAUAUUGCAUAUAAUUAUAUUAGCAGCAUUCUUAAGUUUUGUCUUUGGAUUAAUAUUCUUCGGAUUUUUAGGCUAGUGCGGUGAUUUAUUGACUUGGGUUUUCAUAUUUAGUUUUGUUUUGUUUAUGGCUCUGCUUGGAAGUGUAUUAUUUUUAAGAGGAUCUGGUAGCUAUAUUCCAAUCAUAGAAAAUCCUGAAAAUUAAGAUGAACUUGUAUACAUUGAGAAAAGAAUAAGUGAAUUGAGAAAUUUUGAACCAUAUUUCUAUGUUACUGCUUUUAUAUGUUGGAUAUCAAGCUUUACUAUUCUUGGUUUAGUUAUUUACUACCAUAGAAAAAUUAAAAUAAUUGCAUCAUAAUUAAAAAUAUCAGCUCAUUUCAUAUUACAGAACCAGCUCAUUCUGAUAGUUCCUUUUGUUUUGUUUGUCAUUCUAUUGAGUUUUUUCAUAUUUUGGGUCUAUCUUAACAUAUAAAUUGUUGGAACAGGAGUAGUUAAAUCUACUUAGAAUAGAAUGCCAUUUGACCAGUUUGAAAUUACUAAAGGAUAAAUAUUGAAGCUAUUAAUUAAUUUAAUAUUUAUAUUGAUUUUUAGAGGAUUCUUGGUUGGAUGUAGUGAUUUCUUGAUUACUUCAGCUUGCAGUUUAUGGUAUUACAAAAAGGAAAAAGAUAACAUAAAUACACUCAAGAUUAGUUUAGAGAGAUUAUUUAAGUAUCAUCUUGGAUCUAUUGUUUUUUUAGGAACUGUAAGUACUUUGUUGGACUAUCCUAUCAGAAUAUCCAAUUUGAUUUGUGAUUACUUGACAAAUAUAAAAAGAAAAGACAAAAAUGACUGUUCGUAUUAUGCAGCCUCUAUAACACUCUGCGGAUGCUUAUGCUUUGAUAAAUUCUUGAGAUAUAUGAAUAGAUAUGCUCUAAUCUUUAUAUCUCUUGCUGGUGAUAGCUAUUAUGAUUCUUCUAAGCAAUCUUAUUAUCUCCUAAAAAGACAUAAUAGAAGAUUUAAACUUGUCCGUAACUUAGGAGGAACUUUCUUUACCAUUUCUAAACUCUUUUUAGCUUUACUUAGUUCUUUAAUAUGCUAUUUUGUAGUUAUUUCUCUGCCUCAAUAUUAUUAAAAAGUUUCAGAUUUACUCUCUCCAACAUUAGCAUUUUUCAUUUUAUCUUAUACUACGGCUUCAUUCUUUAUUGAUGUUUAUUCAGAAACAUCUACUUCACUAAUUUUGAUCUCAUAUAUUGAUGAGGAAGUUGAGAAGUACCACUAUGGAAAAGAAGAUGUAUACAAUUGUCCUCACAUAAUCAGAGGUUACUUAAAUAGCAUAAGAAAUGCUAGAGUUUGA